AUGUCAAAGGAAGCGCAGCUUUCAGUCGCUGAGCGCGAUUUCAUUCUUGAGGCCCUCCGUCAGGAUGUGCGCCUUGACGGCCGUAAGCCUGAUGAAUACCGUCCUCUUGACAUUUCUUUUGGUGAAGAAUACGGACAUGUGAAUCUGCAGCUUGGAAAGACACAUGUCAUUGUGCGCAUUUCAGCAGAGGUCACCAAGCCCCGCGAUGAUCGGCCUUUUGAUGGUUUGUUUAACAUUAACAUGGAGUUAACCAACAUGGGCUCACCUGCUUGGGAGUCUGGACGCUCCAAUGACCUCGAAGCGGCCGUUACUCAUACCCUUGACCGUGUCAUUCGUCAUUCUAACGCUCUGGACACCGAAUCUCUCUGCAUCCUGAAGGGUGUCAGCUGCUGGAGUAUCCGUGCUGAUUUGCAUGUACUUGACUACGAUGGAAACCUCACCGAUGCCGCCUGCAUUGCGACCAUGGCUGGACUCCAACACUUCCGCCGGCCGGAUGCUGUGGUUAGAAACGGCCAGGUUAUCGUCUACGGCGUGGAGCAGCGGGUUCCUGUCGCCCUGAACAUUACCCACAAACCUCUAUCAGUCACCUUCCACACAUACAACGACAGCAAGCACAUCAUUCUCGAUGCCACUCUCAAGGAGGAGCAGGCCGCCGAGGGCGAUCUUGUCAUUGGCAUCAACAACGCCGGUGAUCUUUGCUAUGUCUCUAAAAUCCAAGGUGCUCCGGUGGAUGCCAUGGCUAUUGUGACUAAGACGAGUGUCGCGUGGGAGAAAGUCAAGGCACUCAACGCUACUAUGGACAAGGUCUUGCAGGCGGAUCUGGCCAAACGUGCAAAGGUCGGCAUGGCUGAUGAGUCUCGUGCGACGAAUGACCGGGAAGUUCAACCUGAGUAA